AUGAAAUUGGAUUUUUCAUCUAAUACAAAAUUUACAUAUGAUCAUGCUCCAGAAUUAUUGAAAUUGAUUAUUCAAGAACAAAAUUCUCUAAAUGAAUCUAACAAUGAAUUUAUGCUUAGCAAAGAUUCAAUCGAUUCAGAGAUUUCGAUAGUAAAUUAUUCUGCUUUUUUGAGCGUAUCAUGCAUGUUUAACGCAGCAGGACAUAUGGUUCAUUCUGCCGAUGUCAAAAAUGCAAGGUGGGGGCUAUUCAUCGAAAAUUUGAAAUUACCUUCUUUUCUCGGAAUUGAUUUCUGA